GAUCCCCGUUAUUUGGAACAGCUCACGCUUGCACCUGCUAGAAGAACACAGCGAGCUCGCCAUUUUUUUGCUUUAAAGAGUCGGGAAUUACAUUAUUUGUCUUAUUUUGUGCCAAAGAAAGAUCGAACAGAAAUAUUAUUGGUGAUUAGUUAAUGUUAUGCAUCGAAUACUUGUUGAUUCCGGAAGUAAUUUUUGGAUAUUCUCGAAUCAUUGUUCACUAUAUUGAAUGAAUCAUUUCAAAACUCAUUGUGUUUAUUUAUCAGAAUCUUAUUGGAAUUUAUUUGUUUAGUUAGUAAAUGAAUAUCAUCCCAUAAAAUUGAAUAAUGAUGGCUGACAGUCGAAGAAAUUCAGGAACGUGCUGUUGAAUGCAUUGUGAUUUUCGAAUAUACAUCAUAAGAGCGGAAGAACAACUGUCAAAGUGAUAAAAGUGUUCGAACGGCCGAUUGGGAAAAUGAUGAAGUGGACAAAGCGGGGGUGUGCACCACCGGACGAAACAGAGUCCAGUGGGAGGAGAGCUUCCACACCCGGAGUGGAGGAACUUCCUCCCAAAAUUAGGAAGACACCUGCAGAGAUCUCAAAAGUUUUCAGAUCCCGGCUCACCCGCAGGAAGGUUCUAGACCCAAAUGAUGCCAUGGACACCAGCCUGAGACGAUGUCUCAGCACUGUAGAUAUCACUCUUUUGGCCAUCGGUCACAUGGUGGGAUCAGGAGUCUACGUCUUGACUGGUACCGUUGCAAAGAACAUGGCGGGACCUUCCAUUGUCGUGUCAUUUGUCAUCAGUGGUUUCGCAUCUUUAUUGGCGUCUCUAAGUUACGCAGAAAUGGGAGUGCGAUAUCCGAAGUGUGGAUCUGCCUAUUCUUACACAUAUCUAGCUCUUGGUGAGAUCUGGGCUUUUCUAGUGGGAUGGAGCAUGGCAUUGGAAAAUGCCAUCGGGGCAGCUGCCACUGCAAGAGCAUGCAGUGCUUAUAUUGAUUCACUGACUGGUGGUAUAAUCAGAGAUAGCAUUGAUGCUGUUAUAGGACCCGUAGAUGUCGUCUUGCUAUCCGACCAUAUGGACAUCUUUGCCGUCUGUGUUAUAUUGCUUUUCGUUAUUUACCUGUCUUUCGGCAUCAAAUUUACAUCUUAUCUCACGAAUGUCGUCGCCAUUAUUAAUGUAAUAGUGAUCAUAAUCAUCAUCUCUACAGGGGCUUACUAUUCCGAACCAAAACAUUGGUCUAGUGAGGAGGGAGGCUUUUUCCCAUACGGCUGGUCGGGGACACUUGCGGCUUCAGCCUCCUGCUUCUACGCUUUCGUGGGAUUGAGUUCCAUUGCGACAGCAGGAGAAGAAACAAAAGAUCCACAGCGGACAAUUCCAAAAGCUACUAUCAUUGUCAUAACCAUGGCGACUUUAGGAUAUGUGGGAGCAUCUUCUGUCCUGACUUUGAUGGUAAACUACAAAGACAUAGCCGACGAGUCUGGUUUUCCAGAAGCUUUUGCCGCGCAUGGAGUAGAAUGGGCAAAAUUUGUAGUUGUCAUCGGAGCAGUUUGUGGAAUGGCUGGGACAAUCAUCGGCAGUCUAUUUUCACUCACUAGAAUAAUUUAUGUGAUGGCUGAUGAUGGUCUCUUAUUCACAUUUUGUUCUAAGGUCAAUGUGACAACGAAAACACCUCUGAGAUCAAUGUACGUGUUUGCAGUCAUAUCCAUGAUACUGGCUCUCACAAUGGAUAUUCACUCCUUAGUUGAAAUAUUGUCCAUUGGCACAUUAUUCGCUUACAUGAUCGUGAGUGCCUCAGUUAUUAUUCUGAGAUACAGACCUAAACUGUUAGGACCUCGGCUGGAUAUCCACGAGCUUACGUCCAUAAGUGAAAAUAGUGUAGUCAAAACACCUGCUAUAGACUAUGGGGGUCAAUUCAAAGACCGUUUCAAGAAACUAAAAACGUAUGUGAACCUAAAUCCAGGUCGACUCCCGACAUAUUGUGUGAUUUCAUAUGUCAUUUCAUGCUUCUCUCUCUGUGUAUUUUCGAAGACCUGCUUUUGGUAUAUCACCGAAUGUUAUUGGUGGGCGAUUGCAAUUUUAUGCAUUCUUCUAUUAUGGGUCAUUGCAAGUUUUGGAAUCAUCUUGCUGCAUCAGCAAUCCAGCCAAUCUCUUCGUUUCAAGGUUCCUCUUGUUCCAUUCAUCCCAGCUGUAAGCAUUCUAAUGAAUCUUAUUCUUGUGGUCAAUCUGCAAACAGGAUCAUGGCUGAGGAUGCUAUUCUGGCUUUCUCUGGGUUUGUCUAUUUACCUCUCAUAUGGGGUGGAGCACAGCAAGUUGGACAUCAUCGAGACCACCGAACCUCCCAAACCCCGUCCCUGGAGCGCUUCUGACUCCGCCUCUUCCUUCGAUGCCCGCAGGAAAGCAGGGGCGGCCAUGAGGACAAAACCGCCCGUUGCCACCACUCUCUCCAGGGAGUUCCUCUUCACCAAUGUGGAUCCGAUACCCUGAUCGAAUACCACCUGUCGCAUAGAUGUGUACAUAGGGAAAAGGUGUCGGAAGAACUGUACAAAGAAUUAUUUGCGGUGGAGGAUCUCCAUUCAGAAGAUGAAGAUGACUUUUAUCCCUUUUUUACUAUUUAUAUUUAAGGACAAAGUAUGGAAUUAAAACGAUUAAGAACUUUAAGGAGUAAAAAUACUUUACAUUAUCUUGAAGUUCUUCGAAUAAUUACAGAUUAUGGUCGCAAAAUGAUUGAAUUUUUCAUCAUGGAAAUAACAAGUUAUUAAGAGACAGAAGUAUAUCAGAGUGAUUCUAAUUGGAGAUAUUAAGAAAUCCCAUUGGAAAAUUAUGAUCUACUGAGGUAAAUUUAUAGGCUGAUGAACAAUCUCAUUUUCGCUGCGAUAUUUUUUUACAAGAAUAACAAAGGCCGCAUGGUCCCUUCGCGUCUUAUACCGCAGUUUUAAUCGUCAUUUCAAAAACGAACAGAGCACAAAAAAAAAUAUUUCACAAAAAAUGCAAUUAUAUAAAAAACAGUUUUAUUUCUAAAUAGCUCAAUAUAUUUAACUAUAUUUUAGUAGUUAUUCCCGUAUGUUCUUCAAAUGAAUAAAUUUUAAUAAAAUAAAACGAAAUAUCUUAAAGUAGAUGAAUUUUUGCAAGAGAAACGUAAAAGUGAAACUAGAACUUGCAAACGAAAAGAUUCAUCAAGAGGGCAAAGACAAAGCUUGAGAAGGAGAGAGACAUAAAGAAAAGUGCUCGCAGCUGGACGUACGUCAAACCUAGUCUGCAGUCAGAGCAGUCAAGUCAACACUGAAUUCCAGAGAAGGAAUAUUUCUUUAAGGAGCAGUGCAGCUGCUGUGUGGAGAACGAAACUGAUACCUUCUGGGGCUGGUCUCCAUGUAGCCUCAAUUUGUAUUUCUCCUACCUCUUACUUCAUUUUCUGUCUUCUUUCUUUGUUAUUAUUCUUUUCCUUUUCGUUUCCAUCAAACUCGUUAUCUGGGAAAAUAAACAAGUUUUAAAGCGAAAAAAAGAAAGAUUUUAAAUUAAUUUCAGAACAUGCAGCCCUAUUCGACCAGCCGCCACUCCCUGUUCUAUCAUCUAAUCCAGCCAUGAACUUAGAGGAAACUUAUAAGUUUUAUUGCGAAAGAAAAAAAAAUAUUAACAAACCAGAAAAGACUGGAACAAAAUUCAUAUAAACUCAUGGGAAAGACUACAUUUCAAAAUAUUGAGAAUUUGAAAUACUGCGAAAUAAUGUUGAUAUUUUUAUUAUAGUUUUACGUCUGUAUUUUUUAUGAAAUGUAAAAACUUAAAAUAAACAAAUCUCCAUCAAAAAUGAAAAUCAAUUUAUCCGUAUUACUCAAUAAAUAGUUUUCAUGUACUUGUAUUAAACUAUUAUUGUUAAAAUAAAAUUUAUUUGCCUA